AGUGCAAUGGAGAAGCGACUCCAGGAGCUUCAGCUGUACAAGGAGAAAGGGAACCAGCGCUACCGGGAGGGGAAGUACCGAGAUGCCGUGAGCAGGUACCACCGAGCUCUGCUACAGCUGCGGGGUCUGGACCCAAGUCUGCCCUCCCCGAUCCCGAAUCUCGGGCCUCAGGGCCCCGCGCUCACACCAGAGCAAGAAAGCAUCCUGCACACCCCGCAGACCGACUGCUACAACAACCUAGCGGCCUGCCUUCUUCAGAUGAAGCCAGUGAACUAUGAACGAGUAAAGGAAUAUAGUCAGAAAGUUCUGGACCGGCAGCCUGACAAUGCCAAGGCCUUGUACCGGGCAGGAGUGGCCAUUUUCCAUCUGCAGGACUAUGACCAGGCUCAGCACUACCUCCUGGCUGCAGUUAACAGGCAGCCAAAAGACCCCAAUGUCCGGCAGUACCUCCAGAUGACACAGUCAGAACUCAGCAGCUACCAUCAGAAACAGAAGCAGCUUUACCUGGGCAUGUUCGGUUAGUAAGAAGAAAGACGCUGCUCCACUUGAACUUGGAUGGACCAUUAAAGACCCAUCGAGGGGAAACCUGAGCCUCACUAAGAGAAGUUAACCCCGUACCUGUGGCCCAUGUGGAUUUCUAUUGUUUCCAGUUCUGCACAAACUCUUCACUAUUUGC